ACUUUGUGGAAACAAACCCAAAAGCACGGUGAUCACCAGCCGAAGCAACAAGAUGACCAUCAAAUUUAACUCGGACUCGUCUUACGUCGACCAGGGCUUCACCGCCGAGUACGAGGCCUUCGUCCCGAACAAUCCUUGUCCCGGGAGGUUCCAGUGCACCAACAACCUGUGCAUCAACACGACGCUGCAGUGCGACGGCUGGAACGACUGUGGGGACGGCAGCGACGAGGACAACUGCAAGUGCGACGCGUCUCAGAUGAAGUGCAGAAACGGACGCUGUAAACCCAAAUUCUGGGAGUGCGACAGCUUCGACGACUGCGGAGACAACAGCGACGAGCAGAACUGCGUAAAAUGUAAAUCUGGAGAGUUUUCCUGCAGAAACGGCCGCUGUGUCCCAGAGGAGCUCAAGUGUGACGGAAAAGACGACUGCUCGGACGGAUCGGAUGAGUCUACGUGUGAGAAAUCUCUCGUGCUGCAGCAGUGCUCAGAGUUCACGUUCCGCUGCAGGAACAAUCGCUGCAUCAGUAAACUCAACCCCGAGUGUGACGGACAGGAGGACUGUGAGGACGGCUCUGACGAGGACAACUGCAGUACGGCCAACACACACACACACACAAACACGCACACACACACACACACACACGUCAGUACACAGAAGAACUACUACUGAUACUACUACAACUGUUGCUAUUACUGACACACACCGUCAGAACACAAAAUACUACCACAGUACUACUACUACUACUACUACUAAUACAACUGACACACACACACACAUCAGUACACAAAAAUACUACUA